CACAUACACACACACUCACACACACACACCUGCUAAAGGGCACUUCUUUACUCUGGAUUUCUUCAGAGAUGUAACAGAGACAGAAGACAGCUCAUGGCUCAUGUCUGUCCCUGAUACAGGGGGGAAAAGAAGACUAAAAGAUGUGUUUUUGUCCCAGUUAGGAUGAAAAAUUACUCCAAAUAUCUGUGGAGUCCUGUGAGGGAAAUCUAAUCUUCUUUUCUUUCAACUUUUCUCUUGAACUCUGAUAUGGAUCUGGAUACGUGGCCUCUAAGAGUACUUCUCCUGCUUGUCUGGUGUUCAGGCUCGUGGUGCGACAGCUGCAAUAUGACAAAGGUGUAUUUCGAGUCUCGCAAUUUUCACAGCACAAUCCGUUGGGAUGAAGUGAAAAUCCCAGGCCGAGAAGUUCGCUACAGUGUCAAAUAUAACAUAUAUGGAGACCGACCCAGGAUGAUGAAUGGAUGCCAGAAUAUUUCUGAAACUUUCUGUGCUCUCAGCUCCGUGAUGACGGACGUCCGCUCUAAAUAUUACGGCAAGAUCAUGGCUGACGAGAUAUGCCUAGGCGAAUUCAUGCAGUUCGUUCCAUUAGAAAAAACCAUUCUAGAAGCACCGAAGCUGUCCGUGAUAACGGCCAGGUCCACUCUCACCGUAACCAUCACAACACCCAUGGGGCCUCAGAACCGCUCAAUUAGGGAGAUCAGCUGUUGGGAAAGGUGCCAGGAGUCUGGAAUAUCAUCUGUUAACUACAUUGUCAAUCUCACACACCCGGAGUCUGAAGCUGGAAAGGUAUAUAGGAACACGUCUGGCAUCAUUACACUGAGUCAUUUAACCAUGAACACAGAGUACUGUGGCAUUGUGUUGUAUGAGCUCACACAUCCCUACAAAAAGCUCCAGAGUGAAAACAUCAGCUUCUGUCAGACUUUACCAGUUGCAGACAAGCCCUGGAUUUCUAUAUUCAUCUGGUCAGCAUUAGUGGUACUUUUCCUCCUGAUCAUCUUGCCUCUGAUUUUCUGCUAUCAGUAUGUCACAAGAAAGAGGAAACUCCCUGAGACACUGAUCAUGUCGAAGAACACCACUCCUUACUUCAACCCAGAUCCUAAUGUAAAGAUAACCACAAUGAAAGUAUACACUGAAUCUCCAUGGAAUACCAUCAAGCCUGAACUAGCCUCAUCUGAUAUGCCAGAGAAGAUAAAGGCUGUAAACAUAACUGUUGGUUAUGCAGCCCAAGACUACCAUGACCAGGACUGGCACUGUCAUUCUUACAGUAAUGAACAGGUAGCAGCAGUUAGGAACCAGAGUGAGGCAUCCUGCACAAGUUAUAGUAUGGUUGUGGGUGUGGUAGCACCCCAGGAUCGAGAGGAGGUAUCCAGCUGUGCUACUGACAGUGGGAACGGAGACUCCAUCAGCCCUGGAUUGUCAUCUUGCACAGAAGAGGAUCUAUUUAAGGUCAUUCAUCAUGCAGAACCAGACGAAGGCCUGGGAAUUAUAGAGCCAGUCUCUAGCAGUGAGCUUUUAGUGCUGCCAGUUUCACGUGGCACCAACGGGAAACUGCUGUUCUCCAACUUAACAUUUCAGCCAAUAGAUUUAAAUGUAAGCAACAGUUCAGAGCUUGUGCCUCUUGUGCCAAGGUCCUCACCAGCUGGAGAAAGGACUCUUUUGUUGACAAAUCUCGACUCUGCAGAUAAUUCAGACUGGACAGACAAUGACUCAAUGCCUGAAUACAGGAAAGUCUACCUUCCAAACGGGGUCCCUCAGACCUGCUUGCAGUUUCCCACACUUUCCAAAAUUCUAUUGUCUGACUGUACAUCAAACUACAGAGAAAACUGGGUACCGGUAAUCCUACCAGAUCCCCUGCUGAAUGAUACAAACUGCACUGUACCCAACAGUGAGCUACAUGAAUUUGCUGAGCCAGAAGAGGACAUAGAAGACUCACCAUUAGAUCUUGAAGAAAUCUUUUUAGGUGGAUGGAUGGUGCAAAUCCAAGGAUAGUAUAAUUUUUCUUAAACAUUGCCUCUGACUCAGUGCUGGUUUGAAAAGAAUUUUUUAGCCAUUUACAACCAUGUUGUUAAUGAAGAAUGUAAACCACUCACUUCGGAACUCUAAGCUGUGUUGUGAAGUAACGUUUGUGUAGAAUGUGAUGAAACAGUAGGAACUGAUUUACAUAUUUCUGCAAAAUAUAUUGUUUAAGUUUUGCAGUGUGACUGAAAUAUACAUCAUGGCCAGCUACAACUGGCUUAAUGAGGUGAGGUACAGAUGUAUAGUGUGUAGUCCUGGUGCACAUAUGGCAUUUCAGUUCAUCCUGAAGAUGUUCUUCGGGGUUCAGGUGAGAGCUCGGUGCAGGCCACUUGAGUUAUUCAACUCCAGUUUUGUAAAUCUAUGUCUUUGCUUUGUGCAUGGCAACACUGUCAUUCUGGAAAAGGUUUGAACCUUAGUUCCAGUCAAAAGACUUCUUUAAUGCUACAGCCUACAAAUAUAUUUUAAACGUUUUACAUGUUUUUGGCAAUAGUAUGAAGAAGGCCCAGCUAUAGGUGUGAUUAUCAGGUAUUCACAUACUUCCAGUCACAUAGUGUAGCUCAGGAAGCAGCCAAACUUCCAACCAACAUUAUUUAUAUAAUUAUGAGAAUGUAUGUUUUGUAUUUUUUGAUUUGUUUCCUGUUUGACAAGGCAGAAGUAAUUGCCUGACUGUAAAUUAGUCGAAUGAUUUUAGUUAAAACAAUGGUUAAUGCCCAACCGUGGAAAGCAAAACAUUAGCGUAUGAGAAUGGAAUGAGCACAUGAAAAGAAUGCUGUCGUAGUGAAGACUUCGUAAUUAGCCAACAUGGGUGGCUCUUAAGACUUGUACACAUUGUUCUGAAGUUUGAAUAUGUGUCAUUUGGGAUGUUUUUGGCAUUCCAUUUUACCUACAUCAUCUUUUCCACGUCAUGAACAGGUUUGUUGAGGAUAUCCCAUAACAGUUCGGAACUCUGAAUGUAGUCACAACUUUUGUAUUCAAAUGACUGUCAGACUGGAUUUCUUACCCAAGUUCCUGUAAAGACUUGCAGAGAUAAAGCCAUCAAGGGUUAUUGUUUAAUUUAACUAACUGUCUGUUCGAACCAUGAUUAUUAACUUAUCAGGGAGUUUUUAAAGGCUUUAUUUUUUUUAGAAGUUUUCUAUAAACAAUUUCUACCGGUAGUUGUAACCUUCCGUCAAUUAUACCUCACUAAAGACAUUUUGCAUUGUAGCCAUCAAACACUAAAUGACUUGCACAUCAAUUACACAUAAUUUUGUAAUGUCUUUUUGGCAUUUUGUGUUUGGCUGAAGUACAGCUUUGAACAUCAUUGAAGAAGCAUUUCGAAUCUAUUUCAUUUUCAGAGUUACAUAUGAAGUGUGAAAAUAAGACUGAUAGACUUGUUUACUGUUCGUAUUUGACUCAUCUCUAACUUUGUGUUUUUUGUCAUGUCAUAUGUCAUAUAGCAACGUUGUAUAUACAGUAAACAGCUACCUUUGUUCAUCUUUGUCUAUAGUAUAUUAAUUAUGUUUAAAUGUUAAAUAUGUUAUUGUCUUUUUCUGAUGUAAUGUAAACUCCCCUCUGAGACAACGCAGCUAGAGUUUCACAGGCUUUGGAUGUAGAUGAUCCUUUUGAGCGUUUGCUGUGUUUUUUGGUCUAUGAGCAUAGAGUGACUCAUUUAAAUCUAAAUAUAAUAAAGUGGAGAAACAGUA